CUGGGACCGGAAGUAACACUUGUUCGUUUGUUUUUAUCUGACUGAAUAUUGAAUAUUGCCGAACUCCAGGAGCUUUCUUCAUGUCAGAGUAGAACAUGUUUACUCCGUCGGGUUUCACUGAAUGCCAACGCGAAUGGCAGGAUUUAGAGAACAACUACCAACAAAUUCAGGACACCCAUCGUCUAUAUAAACAGAAACUUGAGGAAGUGACCAAACUGCAAGACAGCUGCUCUGGUGCAAUCUCCCGUCAGAGGAAGAAACUGAAGGAGCUCACUGCGUCACUGCGAGAAUGCAAAAGAAAUCAUCCCACACCCAAGUUGGAUCCCGAGGACGUGGAGGCCAUCGCUGAAAUCGAGGGCACCAUCAAAGACCGAGACGAUGCUUUCUCUGAGAUGGAAGCUUUUCUUCCAAAGAAGAACGGGUUAUACCUCAAUCUCGUUUUAGGAAACGUCAACGUAACACUCCUCAACAAACAGUCAAAGUUCGCCUACAAAGACGAGUACGAGAAGUUUAAACUGGUCCUCACGGUCCUCCUCUUCGUCUUCUCCUUCACGUGUCGCUUUCUGUUCAGCUACAGAGCUCUAGAUGCCCUGUUCAACUUCCUGUUGGUGUGGUACUACUGCACACUCACCAUCCGGGAGAGUGUCCUCAUCAGCAACGGCUCAAGGAUCAAAGGCUGGUGGGUUUUCCAUCACUACGUGUCAACCUUCCUGUCUGGAGUCAUGCUCACCUGGCCUGAAGGCGCUCUCUACCAGAUGUUUAGGAACCAGUUCCUAACAUACUGUCUAUACCAAAUAGGCUUUGUGCAGUUCCUGCAGUACUACUACCAGAGCGGCUGCUUGUACCGACUCAGAGCUCUGGGGGAAAGACACAACAUGGACGUCACCGUCGAGGGUUUCCAGUCCUGGAUGUGGAGAGGUUUGACCUUCCUGCUUCCUUUCUUGUUCUUUGGUCACUUCUGGCAGCUCUACAACAGUAUAACACUGUUCCGGAUGUUUCUGCUCCCGCAGUGUAAAGAGUGGCAGGUUGUGAUGUGCGGCUGCUCUUACAUGGUGCUCUUCAUGGGAAACUUCUUCACCACUCUGGGAGUUGUUUACCAGAAAUACAACCAGGACAAGUCCAAGAGCUUAUAGGGACUGACAUCAGCAACAGAAUCACCAAAAACGCUCGUGUUUAUGAAAUGUGCAAAGUUACCAUUCGCUCUAAUAUUGUCUUUAGAGCUCUUUAUCGAUGUUAUGAUUGUUGUCCUCGUCCUCGGAGACAUGAAGCAGGAUCCAUCAGACUUUCUGCAGGUUGCAACUCUGAUGAGGAAAUGUUACUGAAUAUUGAAAUGAUCAUGUUAUUUGCACCAUAUUUAUUUCGGGAAAUCUAUAGUUUGUUACUCAGCACCGGCUGUAUUUUAGCCUUACAGGAAGCGUUUGAUUAAAUUCUCCUCCAAA